AUGCCGGAGUUGUCGCAGGAUGAGUUCGAAGCCAACCUGCCCCAUCUGGCACCGGCGACAGCGGCUGAGCUGCGCCAGCGGGCAAACUCGGGUGGUUCCCGUUCGGCGCCCUCCAAAAUUGCGCGAAAUCCCACCAAUCAACCACCUGCUUAUGGGUAUAAGCGCGAGAUCAGCCACAGAAUCUUCGUCAACCGCUCGAUGCACCUGGAGAACAUCAAGUUUUACGGGUUCGACAUGGACUACACGAUCGCGGAGUACAAAUCGCCGCAGUACGAGCAGCUCGGGUUCGAUCUGGUGAAGGAGCGCUUGGUGAGCUUGGGCUAUCCGGCAGAGAUUCGUCAGUUCGAGUAUGAUCCAUCGUUUCCGGUGCGUGGUCUUUGGUUUGACUCACUGUACGGCAACCUGCUGAAGGUGGAUGCGUACGGGAACAUCUUGGUGUGCGUGCACGGCUUCGAGUUCCUCAAGCACCACCAGGUGUACGAGCUGUACCCGAACAAGUUCCUGCAGCUAGACGAAAGCCGGGUGUACGUGUUGAACACCCUGUUUAACCUACCUGAGACGUACCUGUUCGCGUGUCUGGUGGACUUCUUCACGCACUCACCGCAGUACGCGGAGCAGGUCGACCGAACCGGCGUCAAGUACGGCGAGCUGUUCAUGUCCUUUAAGUCCAUCUUCCAGGACGUGCGGGGUGCCGUCGAUUGGGUGCACAUCUACGGUGAUCUCAAGAAGAAGACGCUCGAGAACCUGGACGAGUACGUGAAGAAGGACGAACGGUUGCCGAUGGUGUUGUCCCGCAUCCGCGAGUCCGGUGCCAAGCUGUUCCUGCUCACGAACAGCGAUUACAUGUUCACCGAUCGCAUCAUGACGUUCCUGUUUGACUUUGCGCAUGGUGGCAAGCCGGACGAACCGCACCGUGACUGGAAGACGUACUUUGAUACGAUCGUGGUGGAUGCCCGCAAGCCGUUGUUCUUUGGUGAGGGCACCAUCCUGCGGCAGGUUGAUACCGGAACUGGUGCGUUGAAGGUUGGCACCCACAUGGGACCGCUGCAGGCGAACCAGGUGUACUCCGGGGGGUCGUGUGACGUCUUCACGAAGCUGAUCGGUGCCAAGGGCAAAGACGUCCUGUACAUCGGUGAUCACAUCUUCGGGGACAUCCUGAAGAGCAAGAAAAUUCGCGGCUGGCGCACGUUCCUCAUCGUACCGGAGCUGGUGCAGGAGCUGCACGUCUGGACGGACAAGUGCCAGCUGUUUGCGCAACUCCAGCAGCUCGACGUGCGGCUCGGCGAUCUGUACAAGAAUCUCGACUCGAGCGCGAAGGAAAAACCCGACAUCCGGUCGGUGCGCACCGCGAUCCGUGACGUGACGCACAAGAUGGACCUCGCGUACGGUAUGAUGGGUUCGCUGUUCCGUUCCGGCUCCCGGCAGACGUUCUUCGCCGGGCAGGUCGUCCGAUACGCGGACCUAUACGCCGCGACCAUUCUCAACUUGAUGUACUACCCGUUCUCGUACAUGUUCCGGGCACCGGCGAUGUUGCUGCCGCACGAAUCGACCGUCGCACAUGAGCAACGGUUUACGCUGGACGCACCGAUGAUCCAGCGUACCCGGCCACCACGUGCGGAACCGGCCCGACCGGGUCCCUCCCGCGAGCCCGACAUUGACGAUGACGAGGAGGGAGGAGCGGACGAUGAGGAAGGACGGGAUCGGAUGGGGGGUGAUGAUUCCCGGGAGCUGGGGCGGCUGCUGCUCAGCCAACCGUCACCGUUUGCAACGUCCGGACCGGAACCGGGUUUGAGCGUGUCCGUGCCACACACACGCCCCGAAACACCCCGUUCGGUGACGCACACACACGACGAGGAUUACUCGGACGAGGAUAGUGACGAUCAGAAGCGCACGCGUACACCCGGGGAUGCGAUGGAGCUGGGUGUGGAGGAUGCGGACGAGGCACAAGCGUAAAACCCAGCCCUCCCUUCCUCCGUUCCUCUUGCCCACCACCGACCGGCGUGUGUCCGAUUUGUCCCUCACACGAGCAAGCGGCCACAAUUGUCGCAGCACAAACACACAAGCUCGUUUCCACAUCCUUCCAAAGGGAGGUCCUUACGGAUUUUCGUUGGAGAAGGGAAAGGAGGACGGGGGGGGGGCCAAUCACCAUCGGUUAUGGUUGCGUUGUGCAGGACCCACGUCGAGGUGAUGAUCAAACAAACAAAAAAAAGCAAAGCAACGGAACAUUUGCAGCGCUGGUUCGAAUCCCAAAGCGAACAGCGAACUUUUCUUCUUCUUUUUCCCUCUCUUAUACGUUUUUACGCGACAUGUUUAGCCGAGCGGCCCUUUGGCGGUUGGUUGUUGCUGUAACCCCUUUAGCUGUUAGAGUCUUACAUGUGUUUUACAGGGAAUAUACUAAAUAUAUAUAUAUACAUAGAUGUUAUCGGCAACGGUAGCCGGGAUUGAUAGGGAAAGCUGAGAGUAGCCGGUUUAAUAGAUGCGUACAAACGGAAAUUGAUACACACACACAGACACACACUAACACAUAUAUAUCUACGGAAUGUCCGGUACCGGAACCAGCGUGCAACGAAUCUCUCGGAACAGGGCGAGAUGUAGUGCGUAGUGUUGCCCUAGCCCUUUGAACUGUAAUUACUAAUAAAACCCCAACGCCACGUGGGAGUGUAGUUUGCAUUCGUUGGGAUUUUAGUUAAUUGGUUUUACUAACCUCCUCAAAUCGGAGGGCGAGAGAAAUAGAGCGAUAGAGAGAAAAUGCUGCAACCUGCGAUAAUGCUAGCGCGCCUAAUGCAACCGCUAUUUCCCGCGUACGAAGUGUCCUUUUGUGCCCACGGAAAAGCCAAGGAAAAUGAGAGAGAGAGAUGAUGUAUGUGAUCGUUAUGCUAGUGUCCCCUAAUCGCAAUGCUAGCCGUAUGUUUGUAGUUGCGUUUCGAGUCGCGUUUCACCGUUCCCUCGUGAGAAGGGCGCGUACGAGUAGUAGAGAGCGUGUUAGCUUCUGAGAAGAUGAUGCAAUAAAAGUUACGUGAAAAACUCACCC